AUGGCGCUCGUGCGCACACCGCUAGUGCAGGUGCUAGAAGACUGCAAAAAGAAUAAAGAAGAAGAUGAACACCUUCAAACAGAAAUAGACAGUGAUGAUGAAGAUGCUGAAAGCAAUCCGCUAAGUUUGCUAAUUUACAAGCGAGGACAAGUGAAGGCGAAAUUGACCCGCGUUCGCAGCUCCCUCCGUGUGGAUAGGAGCCAGUUGACGCUACCACGACUGCAAGUGAUGGAACGGAAUCUGCUCACGUAUUAUGACGAGUAUUCAAGGUAUCACAACGAGAUUUUGGACUACGUCGACAGAAGAGGUAGGAAAGCUCAUGAAAUUAAAUACCAGGAGUUUGAAGAUCUCUAUACCGAGACGUUAGUUAGUAUACAAACUUUGAAGACUAUCCCUACAGCCCCUGACUCAAUUCCUUUGCUUAAUCGUGGGUCAGAGAGAGUCAUUAUCCAGCAGCAGUCUCUAAAAGCGCCCCUCCCAGUCUUUGACGGACGUUAUGAAAACUGGCCCAAGUUCAAGUCCAUGUUUACUGACCUCAUGAAGCACUCCAAUGAUUCUGAUGCUAUGAAAUUGUAUCAUUUGGAGAAGUCGCUUGUAGGGUCAGCAGCAGGGGUAAUCGACGUCAAGACGAUAAAUGAUAACAACUACCAACGAGCGUGGAAGUUACUCGAGGAUCGGUUCGAGAACAAGCGGAGUAUUAUCGAUACUCACAUUCGUGGGCUCUUCAAGCUGAAGAAAAUGAAUAAAGAGUCCCACAUUCAACUACGUGACUUAAUAGAAGAGUGCUGUCGUCAUGUUGACAAUCUAGAUUUCAUGGAGCAAAAGGUAGAGGGAAUUUCAGAGCUAAUGAUUGUCAAUCUGUUGUCUGAUGCAUUGGAUACUGAGACGAAAAAACAAUGGGAGGCUACAUUGGAGUAUGGUGAGCUCCCUACGUACAAGGGAACAGUCGAGUUUCUGAAAAAGCGAUGUCAGAUUCUCGAACGGUGUGUUUCGUCCGAAACAGCAGGAUUAUCGCAACAAAAAAGCGUCAAACAGUCAAGCAAUAGCAAGGGUUCUUUCGAUAAAAACUUGGCAAAGGUACAUGCGGCCGCCACGCAACCAGAAACAGAAGGAUAUUCGUGUCAUCUGUGCAACAAAACACAUCCGACAUUCAGAUGUGAAGAGUUUCGUGCUUUAACAAUAGACGAACGCUUAGCAAAGGUAAAGGAGUUGAGGGUCUGCUUCAACUGCCUUCGCAAGGGCCAUCGGCUAACAGAAUGCAAAUCAAAGAAGAGCUGCAUGAUCUGCAAAUCAAGACACAAUACAUUGCUUCAUCCUGAUGAUAAAGCAAAUCAAAAUCUGACGGGAAGCCUAUCGCACCCAGAAGUUUCUUUGGAUAGAAAAGCAAAGGAGAUGCAGUCAUCAAAAGAAACGACUGCAACAGGUAGUUCCAACCCGAGAGAAUCCACUGUGUGCUCCUCCAGCAUGCCACAGAGUGCGAGUCAAGUCCUGUUGAUGACUUCAGUAGUGCUUGUGGUCGAUAAACAUCAAAGGGUACAUCCAUGUCGAGCGUUCAUCGAUCCCGGAUCGAUGUCACACAUGGUGUCACAGCGAAUGGCAAAGUUAUUAGAUCUUCCAACGAAGCCUAGCUUUGUCACAGUAACCGGAAUCAAUGGACAACGGUCUACAGCAAACAAGCGAAUGACCGUUGAAUUCAAGUCAAGAGUGUCUGAAUUCCAUACAAAAAUCAACUGUCUAGUGCUCCCGAAAGUGACAAGUCCGCUUCCAUUAACCAACAUUAACAUAUCAUCUUGGGGAAUACCACCGAAUUUCGAGCUUGCGGAUCCAGAAUUUCAUCGUACGAACGAAGUUGAUCUACUAAUUGGUUGCGGAAUGUUUUGGCAGCUUCUUCUACCAGGAAUGUUGAAGCUUGCAGACGAGUUACCAGAGCUUCACAACUCGAAGCUUGGGUGGAUCGUGACCGGUGAAUAUCUCGAAAGGGAUAAAUAUUCGGAAACAGCAGUAGUGCAUUCUAAUGCAGCAGUUGUAUCAUCUCUUGAUGCUUUAGUUAGACGUUUUUGGGAGAUAGAAGAGAUUACUGGCGAGUCCUCUGCCACUAAAGCAGAGCAGUUUUGUGAGGAUCAUUUCCAGAUGACCCACCGACGAGAUGUCAACGGACGGUACGUAGUUUCACUCCCAUUCAAGGAAAAUAUAAAUGAGUUGGGGAAUUCGAGAGGUAUGGCGAUCAAACGAUUUUUUAUGUUAGAGAAACGGCUAAAUAGAUGUCAAGACCUACGCAAGCAAUACGUUGAGUUUAUGGAGGAAUAUCAGAGACUGGGACACUGCAAAGAGAUUGACGAGUCAAAAUAUUCAAAUGAUUUGCAGACAUACUACCUGCCACAUCAUGCAGUUUUGAGACCAAACUAA